GAGGAAGUGAGUUUAAUUUCCUCAUCUAUCAUGGCUAGAAGUGAAAGUUCUAAGUUCUAUUUUUAUUUUCUUCCCAACUAUUUAUUUAAAAAUGACACUUUUUAGAAUGAGAUUCAGUCAUUUGCAACAAUAUGGAUGGAACUGGAGCACAUGUUAAGUGAAAUAAGCCAGACACAGAGAGAGAAAUAUCACAUGUUCUCACUUAUUUACAAGAUCUAAAAAUCAAAACAUUUGAACCCAUGGAGACAGAGAGUAGAAGGAUGAUUAUCAGAGGCUGGGAAGGGUAGUGCAGGAAUUGUGGGGGAGUAGGAGGGAGGUGGGGAUGGUUAAUGGUUACAAAAAAAAUAGAAUAAAUAAGACCUAGUAUUUGAUAGCAGAACAGGGUGACUAUAGUCGAUAAUAAUUAAAUUGUACAUUUAGAAAUAAGCAAGAGUAAAACUGGAUUGUUUGUAACAUAAAGGAUAAAUGUGUGAGGGGGUGGAUACCCCAUCUUCCAUGAUGUGGUUAUUAUGCUUUGCAUGCCUGUACCAAAACAUCUCAUGUACCCCAUAAAUACAUACACCUACUAUGAACCCACAAUUUUUUAAGUGACCCUUUUAAGUUGAUUAUUUAUCUUGGUAUUCUAUGGUAUGCUUCUCGUCAUCAAUUAUUAUCACAAUAUCAAUUAUUAUUACAAAUAAUUUCAAAUUCAUUACAAUUAAUACUUCUUGCUUCAAGCCUUUAUCAGAUCAUGAAUAGAAUGUAAGUUCCAUGAGGGCAAGGAAUUUGAUUCAAUAAUGUUUAACCAGCACUUUCAACAGUGCUUGGCACUUAAAAGCUCUCAAUUUUUGCAAUUGAAUAAACAGCAAAAGUUGAGUUGGAUCUUUGGCAUCCAAGUGGAGGGUCAGGAAUUCUUUGUUCAUUUGCUAUGUAAUGAUUGAUUAUCUUAUUUCUUUUUCAAAUAUAUAAUUGGAUUUAGCUUGAAGACAAUCUAUAAGGAACACUUACAUGGUUUGUUAUAUAGAGUAAGCUUUCCUUAUUUAUUUUGUUUGGACCUUUGGAUCUUCCUUUCAGUGUAUGAGUCAAAUAACUUGCUGUAUCUUGAGAAUUUACAUGGACAAUAAAUUGUUGAAGAGAGAAGAACUGAAUACACAUCAUAGAGAGACUAUAUGUAUUUUACAAACAUGCAGUUCAGUCUAAAUAUAUACAUCUAGUUAUAAUGUGGUUCUAUGCAUUCUUUCUUGUUAGGACAUUGAUGACUUUCUUAGCUAGGAGUGAUGUAAUGUUUCAGGCCUAGUUCAGUCUGGGUCUUCCCUCAUUGCUUUGAUCUGUGCCUUUGGCCCAUAUAUUGGCCUCAGAAUCCCAUCAUGGUCCAAACUCGUCUGGUCAGUUCUAUUAAUAGCAGUCAGGUACAAUUGCUGAUAAGCCUUAAGUAGAAAAUUUUUCUCUUGGUCUAAUAUUGCUUCAAAGUUAUAAGUUUUCUCUCUUGGAAAUAUGUGGCUCAAUGUUUAUGUUUUAAACUCCACUGCUGUUCCUAUGUGCAAUACAGAGUCAGCUUAAAAUUCACACAGCUUUCUUGUAGCAGUCCCACUGAAUACAAGGUCUCAGCUCUAGUAUGAGGGUUUGAGAGUCCUUCAUUUAUUUAGGCAGAAAACCUAAAUGUUGAAUGCUGUACUCCUUGUGUACAGCUAACAACAACAACAAAAAAAACGUUUUGAAGGUACAAGUGAUAUCAUCAUUUUUGUAAAGUGUUUUGGAAAAUAAAAUAACAUAUCCACUAAUCAAAAGCUUUUUCUUUCACAGUUGUUUUUUCUAUCCCAGUACUCCCUCCAGUUACAUUCUCUUGGGUUUAGGAUUGGGUUAGUUGGUUAGCUGAGGAAUUUUCCUAUUCACUAUUUCUUUCCCACCUUGAGCUAUUCAGGCACUGGGAUUGUAAAUGAAACUUCAGCCCACUGUAUAUGAUUUCACAUGUUUUACUCAGCUUGAACUCUAACUACAUAACUGCAAUAGUUAUGUCACAGCUAUGCGACUGGGUUUCUUGAGCCCUUGUUGCCAAUAAUUCUACCUGUUAUGAGCAAAUUCAUCAUAUUUUUGUUGUUGUAAACAGUGCCAACCUGUUUACUAAAUGUAUAGAACUUGGUAAUAUCAGUUGUCUCCAGCCAGAAUUAAUGCUAAGGUAAAAACAAACAAACAAACAACAACAAAAACAAACAAACAAAAAAACCUGCUAGGAAAGAUAUAGCAGUAAUCAGAGAUUCUCAAGAGCAACACUUAUGUUCUAAGUGGAUUUACAUUUGUUCCCCUUGGCCAAAGACUGGGGCUUUGAUGUAAUAUAGUAGGCUGGAUCUUUUGAUUUUUUACCUCUCUUGAUUUUUGAGAAGAGCGAGAGUGUUUCUAGCUAAUCGUGGUGCUAUCAGCAUCAGGUGAUCUCUGGCCAGGGCCUCUGUGCAUGUAGCAUGUAUGGUAUAGUAUAAUAGAAGCAGGGUAAGAUCAUGGUUCAGAACCCGGGCACUGGCAGCAAUGCUGGGUUCAAACCUGUCCUCUCCUUAUUCAACUUUUGGGAGCAAUUUACCUAAUGUCCCCAAGCUCACUUUUAUCAUUGGUAAAAUGGAUAUAAUAAUAGUUCCUAACUCUUGGAAUUAGUGAUAUAAUUAAAUGAGAUCACCCGUAUUAAGCAUUUAGCACAGUGUCUGGCCCAUAGUGAGUUGUCAAUAUAAAUUAGUACUCUUUCUAUAGAAAAUCCUCUUUAUAAAAUUGUAGAUUCAUUUUAAAUGACUUAAACACAAAUAGUUAUAGUAUCCAGGAACCUGCUUAGUUCAGAUUUUAAGUAUUUUUAGCUGAAAAUCUUUGUUGUGCUCAAAGAACAUGUUAUAGUGCUACUUCUUGUUUCAACACAUGAAUACAAUUUCUGUGCUCUGCUGCAAUAGACUGACUUCUUUGUCUGCCUACUCUGCCUGCCUGGGAUAUGCGAACUAUGCCAAGCCUUCUUACCUAUGAAUACUUCCUCACACUGCUCCCCUACAUUUCUCUCCCACAACAUAUUUGAGACUGUUAUCAUAAUACUUACAGACAUUUUCCUCUUUUUCUUCCCUUUCAAUAAGAAUUCUUAAUUGUGCAGACUCAGGAUUGAGAGUGACCGACAUGCCUAAACACACACACAUUCAUUCAUGAUCACAGAAUUCAUGCAGUCUUUUCCAAAGCAUGAAGGGCCUAAGCCUUCUUAUAAAUGUAAGAUUGAUCAAAAAAUUUUUGAAGACUCAAAUAGUAAUCUCAUUCAUUUUAUAAAUUUUUUUGGAGACAAAGGGAAGUAUUAUGUGGGGUUUUCUUUUAUCCUAUUGGGCGGGCAGCUGGCCAUUGAAGAGCCAUUCAUUGCUUAGUCCCGACACUGCCUUUCCCCAUUGGGUCUCUGUAAGAGUCACACGCUUUGGGCAUCCUUGAAAAGAAUCUUCUGAGGCCUCAGCAUUUUAUCUGAGUCUUCUGAAUCCCACUUAGAACUGUGUUGAGCUCUCACCUAUCACGAUGAGCAACAAAUUCCUGGGCACCUGGAAACUUGUCUCUAGUGAGAACUUUGACGAUUACAUGAAAGCUCUGGGUGUGGGGUUAGCCACCAGAAAACUGGGAAAUUUGGCCAAACCCACUGUGAUCAUCAGCAAGAAAGGAGACAUUAUAACUAUACGAACUGAAAGUACCUUUAAAAAUACAGAGAUCUCCUUCAAGCUAGGCCAGGAAUUUGAAGAAACCACAGCUGACAAUAGAAAGACCAAGAGCAUCGUAACCCUGCAGAGAGGAUCACUGAAUCAAGUGCAGAGAUGGGAUGGCAAAGAGACAACCAUAAAGAGAAAGCUAGUGAAUGGGAAAAUGGUAGCGGAAUGUAAAAUGAAGGGCGUGGUGUGCACCAGAAUCUAUGAGAAGGUCUGAAAAAUCAUUUCCUCAUUGAAGUGGCUUUUGAUCAUUUAAUGAUGGAAAUCAAUUGCUUCCAUUGACAAAACUGAAUACACUGCAAAUAUUUGUUUUUGCUUUUGUCUUAAUAUAUCAGAUAUGCAAAGGCCUAAACUGAGAAUUAAUCUAAAAGUCAGUGUUAUUUAAACAUUUUCAAUGUGCAUGCAUGUCAUUAUUACAUCAAAGCAUAUAUAUUGGCCAGACACGAACAGUUGAUGAUGUCAUUCAAUUAACUACAAAAUUCUAAUCUAUGUUGAACUUUGUAUAUUUGAAAUGAUAAUAAAAAGGAUAUAAUUUCUUAGUAAAAUGAAAUCAAAGUAUUGAUCAGGGUAGCAAACUCAAAUGCUGACAGGGGCCAGAGGAGUUAUGGGGAAGGAGCAUCAGAAAUGAGGCAAGCUAGGAGAAUGGGCUAUUAUAAUGUAAAGAAUUGUAGUCUCAGUUAAAAGAGGUAGCCUCUACUCCAGCCAACAUUUUAAAAUUAAUGGAUAAUUUAUAGACAGUUAAAUUUAUAGACAGUUAAGUAAAAAUGGAUAAUUUAUAGACAGAUAAUUUAUAGACAGGUAAAUGUGAGUUAAACAUAACUCACAUCCCACUCAAGACACAAAACAUUUUCUUAAUCCUAGUACAUUUUUUUUCUGUCCCUUCCCAAUCAGUGUCCUUUUCUGUUCCACCUCUACCAAAAGCAAGUAGUGGUUUGGUUUCUAUCACAUAGAUUAAUUUUACCUGCUCUUAUGAAGGGAAUUAUACAUCAUGCAUUCUUUUCUGUUUGCCUUUUUUAAAUUCAGCAUCAUGUUUUUGUGAUACAUCCACAUUGUUGCAUGCAGCUGUAGUUUGUUUCUUUUUAUUACCAAGUACUAUUUCAUUGUAUGAAUAUAUCACAGUUUAUCCAUUCUACUAUUAAGACAAUUGGGCUAUUUCUAAUUUUCGGCUGCUAUGAAUAAAGCUGCUACAAAUAUUUUUGUACAAGACUUUUUGUAAACAUAGGAGUUCCUUUAUUUUAAAUACAUAACUAGUCAUAUCAUUAGGUCCAGUAAUUGUUGACAGGCAGGAACGGGGGACCAUUGCAUUGUGCCCAAGUAAUAAUAAAACUAUUUCAGAUGUAUUAUAUGAUUGAGCAAAUGAGAAAACAUGUUGAUGUUGAUGGGAGUCAGGAUGUUCACUAUGGAAAAACAAAUAUACAAAUAUGAAAUGAGGGAAGGGAAGAAAGAACCAUGUGGAAUUGGAAUAGAAUUGAUAUAAAUUCAUAAUUUCUAAACCAUGUAUAUGUACGUUUAUAUGUAUUAUAAUUGCAUACACAUGCCUGCAUGCAUAUAUGUGUGUGAUAAUACACAUGUAUUUAUGUGCGUGUGUGUAUACACAUGCAUAUAUUUACUAAUCCUAUCUGCCAAAAUAGCUUAGACACAAAAACACCUCAGCAGAAAUGAAUAUACCUAGCACUCAGAUCUUCGUGUCUAAUAUAGUUUGCCACUAAAAGGAACCAAGGCUACUUGGAAAAAUGGAUGAUUCCAAAGCAAGGGCAAGGUAGGAACAAGAUGAGCUUGAAAUAUCUUGUUAUGCCAGAAAGUAAUGUUAAAAAAAAAAUAGAGGUAUAUUGCCAAAACAUAGAGCCAGCUUGAAGGGGCUCCCACUGGCCAAACUUGAGCCAAUUUGAGAGCAAAAUAAUUGAGAAAAAUAAAUAACAAGAUAAUUGAGAAAAAAAUUAAAUAAAUUCCCAAUUCCAUUGGGAAAAAAUAGAAAUCCAUGAAUCCAUACUGAUAUAAUGAUAGAUAAUCGAUAGAUAGGUAGAUGACUGACAGAUGAUAGAUAGAUAGACAGAUAGAUAGAUAGAUAGAUAGAUAGAUAGAUAGAUAGAUAGACAGACACACAAAUGAGAGGGUUUCUCUUUUGCAAUAGAACGUCAUGGACCAGUGUUAAAUGUGAGUGGAAGGAGUUCUGGAAUUGGAAAACCAUCAUUUUUCAAUCAUCACAGUAAAUAUGGCUCAGGCAAGAAUUAUCAACCAAUGCUAAAGCUAGGGGGAAAUUUCGAUUAGGAGCAGGAUAUUAGGAUAUUAGUCUGGGCUUAAAGUAUCUCCUCACAGAUUGUUGUUAGUUUCUGGGGAAAGAAUAGUAACCAUGCGAUGGAAAAAAAUGGACAACCUCUUGACUAGGUUAUCAAAAUUAACCUCACCAAUAAAGGAUGGAUGUUCAACAUGUGCCUUCAAAUGUGACCCACUGAGAAGGAAACAACAUCACUGUAACAACAACAACCAGAAACAACAGGGGGUUUUGACUGAAUUCUUCAAAAAUGUCAAUGUCAUAGAAGACAAAGAAAGGUUGUGGAAAUGUUUCAGAUUAAAUGAUAGUAAAAACACCUGACAACUAAACAUAGUAAGUAAUACUAGACUGGAUUCUGUACCAGAGGUAACAUAAGUGCUCCAAAGGACAAUGUUAGGUCAACUGGCAAAUUGGAAUAUAGACAGUCAAUCAGAUAAGAAGUAUACUUUGAUUAAGUAAAAGAAUAUCCCUAUUCUUGGAAAAUACACAAUAAAGUAUUUUGAGGUAACGGGCCAUAACGUAUGCAAUCUACUCUCAAAAAAUUCAGAAACAUAUAUUUGUGUGCAUUUGCAUGUGCAACAGUACACACAAACAUACAUAAAGAGAGCAACUGAUAAAGCAAAUAAGGUAACAUUUAACAAUAAUCUGAUACACACAAAUAGAGAAAGAGCAAUUGAUAAAGUAAAUGAGGUAAAAUUUAACAAUAAUCUGAGUAAAAGGUAUAUGUGUUUUCUUUGAGACAUUCUGAUUCUUGCAACUUUUUCUGUAAGUUGGAAUUUAUUUCCAAACAUGAUUGAAAAAAAAACCCUGCACUUGGCAACUUCUUCUCUUUUUCAGCCUAGAAAUGUUUGUGUUAAGUGGUUUUUUGUUUAUUGUUGUUGUUUGUUGUUAUUGUUGUUUUGUUGCCAGGCUCCAACUCACAAAAUACGAGUUUAAAAACUGCGUUGUUAUUUUUAGAGAUUUGUGAUAAUACAACUUGUUAUAAAAUUUAUUCCUCAAUAAAUAUAAUUUCUCUACUA